UUCAGAUUGCCGGUUUUUCGAAACAUGGUGGCCAAGCAACGAAUCCGUAUGGCUAAUGAGAAGCACAGCAAAAACAUUACGCAGCGGGGAAAUGUGGCCAAGACUCUGAGGCCACAAGAAGAAAAAUAUCCUGUAGGACCUUGGCUUCUGGCACUGUUUGUUUUUGUUGUCUGUGGAUCAGCAAUUUUCCAAAUCAUUCAGAGCAUCAGGAUGGGCAUGUGAGGGGAAUUUGAUGCUUGGCUUAUUUUAAUCAUCAUAAUGGACAAAGAACCCAUUGUGGGUCAAUGGAAGUAACAGAAUCCAUGAACUGCCUAUAGAGUUUACUCUAAACAAAAAAACUGAGAUGCUUACUCAACAUUUUGGUGCAUUAUCAAUCCGACUGCCGAUCCAGGAAAGGAACAGUUUCUUUUCUUUAGACUUUUUAACCACAUUGGUUUGCUGUUACAGCUCUUUAUAUUUAUUUUUUACAUUUAUUUAAUAAAUAUGAAUGUUAGUGUGUGAAAGACGUGUUUAAAAUAUCACAUGUAUACAUUUGUGUCAUGCUGAAAAUGAGAUAGAAAUAAAAAAUGUCAAGAAAGAAA